AUGCCGCAACGGAAUGGCCCAAGAUGUCAUAACUACCAUAGGGCAGGCUUUUGAGCUCCGGUUUAAACAAUAUUUGAAAAAUCCUUCUUUGAAUACUUCCUGUGAAAGUGAGGCGGUCCAUAUUGACAGCCAUGCGGACGAGAGAGACGAUCAUGAGUAUUACAAUGAAAUACCAGGAAAGCAGCCACCCAUGGGUGGUGUUUCAGACGUGCGGGUCAGAGUUCAAGCCACAGAACAGAUGGCUUACUGCCCCAUACGGUGUGAAAAGUUGUGCUAUUUGCCUGGGAACUCGGACUGCAGCAGCGUCUAUGAGAACUGUUUGGAGCAAAGCAGGGCAAUGG